GUUCGUUUAGUAACACUUGGGCUUUCGUUUUUCCGUUGGGUCAGAAGCCAUGGCGAAGCGAUCGUACAAGACGGAGUUGGGGUGCAUAGCGUGCGAUGAACUGGGCGAGCUCGGAGCGGGAAAACCUAACUGGCUGGUCGAAACCCCUCACCUCCUCUGCGCCAUCGAUACCCAUUCCCUCCUCCUCGCCAACCGCUCCACCAUCCUCCUCCUCUCAUGGUCCGAUAACUCCGCCGCCUCCCCGCCCCUCAAGAUCCGACCCGACCUCUCCCCCAUCGACGCAGAGUCAAUUACCGCACUCGAGUGGCUCGCAUUCGGAGACAACCGCGUCAUUGUCGCCGGUACCUCCUCUGGGUAUCUCCUGCUCUAUUCUCUGCGGGGAGAUUUGAUUCAUCGCCAGAUGAUUUAUCCUGGACGAGUUUUAAAGUUAAGAGUUCGUGGAACAAAGAAAGAUUUGAUUCAAGAUACCUCUUCAGAAGAGUUUUGUCUCAUUAUGCCAGGCGUAAUUGCUCGUUUUGAUGGUUCUGAUGUUCAGAAUAUGCUGCAGAAAUGGUUUGAAGAAGCACAGUCUCGAUUUUGGGAUCAAAAACCAAGGAGCCAAGAUUCAGAGGAUUUUGGAAAUACUGAUGUCAAAAUUCCUUAUCAGUUGUGGAAUAUUGGUAAGAAUGGAACCUGUUCUGAUGCAGCAAUUACUGGCAUAAUGCCACCUCCACUAAUGGAACAACAGGUAAAUUCUCUUAACUGAUUCCUUGUUGUGGUGGCAGGUUGGAAAACCUCCACCGGUUUCCACCAUAGCGCCACCAUAACUGACAUAACUGAGUUUUGAUAACACUGUUGUCUGCCAUGGUAAUGCUGAUCAUUUUAUUUUCUUUUCAUGAAAUCCAGACUAUAGAUAGAAGUACACAAAGUGAGUGGGGAAAACUAUCAUCAAAUCAUUUAGUAUCUCUUAGCAUCAUAUAAGAUUAGUGAAACGACAUUUUUAGUGUCUUCC